AUGGUCCGCUCAGCACGUGAGCUUAUAGACUCGGAUUCUGAGAUCGCCAACGAAUCCACUGAAAGGCCGAGCACAGACGACAAAGGUGGCGGAAAUGCAAGGAAGCUUGCAAUGGCUGUGUUCGUUGUCUAUUUGGUCACAAGGGGCCUCGCUACAGUCUUAAUCUACAGAGUCUCGAAAGCCAUGGCACAGUACACCACAAUUCUCAUGAGCAUCUACUGGCCCCUGGGCAUCGUUUUUUGGGCCUUCACGCUUUGCGCCUUGCGAAACUCAAGGCUUUUCAGUUCGAAGCCUGUCGGGCUCAGCUGGUUCUCUCCGUGGAGUGAGAAGGCCUCGGCGCAGGGGCCUGUGCCCCAGCACUGGUUUGUGCUGAUCGCCUUCUGCAACCAACUCUGUGCCACCUUCUCAGCGCCGCCGACUCCUUUCAUUCCCGUGGUGCUGCAAACACCUCUUGCCAAUCUUGUGGCUUUGUGGACGGCCAUCAUCUCCUGCAUCUUCUUGAAGACACGUUUCACGAUGGUUCACUAUGCAGGCAUCUCUCUGAUUUUGUAUUCCUGUGUGGUGUCAGUACUGGUGGAGUUGCAGGGGCCAGCAGAGGCGGUCUGUCAAGGCCUCGACAUUGCUGCGGGGACCUUGGACCAGCUCACACACUCCAACCUGAUCAGCUCAGAAGCUGCGUGGAGCGUCAGCAACGCCACCGAGCACUGCGUCAUCGGCCUGCCCCCUUACAAGGACACCACGGGCCAGAUCCUGAAAAUUCCACUUCACAUCCUUGUCUCCAUGUACACCUUCUACACCUUGUCCCAGGUGCCUUUCGCUUUCGUGAACGUCUACAAGCAGAAGAAGCUGAAGCAAGUGAACCUGGACGUAGCCUGGGCCUUCUGGUGGCAGUGUGCAUGGCAGGUUUUGUGGGGCCUGGUCUUCAUCCCGGCCUGCUGGAUCCCCUGGCCCACGCCCAGUGGCCACAACGAGGCCUCCUUCUCCACCUUCGGCCGGGACUUAGCCGACUCCUGGACCUGCUUCAUGGGCCGCAACCCGCAUCCAGAGAUCACCUCCUGCUCAGCAGAGCCGGUCUACGGCUGGUUCGCGAUCUACUGCUUCUUCAACGUCUCCUGCAACUUGGCCCUCACCUGGCUGAUCAAGCAGCUCUCAAGCACCUGGGCAUCCAUCGGCUCUAUCCUCUGCGGAAAUCUCGGGGGCUUCUUCAGCCAGUUCUCCGCCUUGGGCGGGAAGUCGGCGCAGACGGUGACAUUGGAGCAGUGGAUGGCGCUGAUUCUCUCCUCCGUCGCCAUGUGGAUCUACAACGUCCAGGAUGAACGGGACGUCAACGGCAAGAGCGUUUACGGCCAACAAGGAAGAGGUGACCAUCGCUACGAUACAAAGGGCCCGAUGGGCCUCGAGCCUGACUCGGACGGGUUCCAGUCCGACGACGAGCCGAAUGCAGAGGACCACACGACUCUGUGA